AUGCUCUCCUCAGCCUCCCGCCCCUCGGGCCACGCCUGGUGGAGCCCACGCCUGGUGGAGGCCGAGGCCACAGCUGCCAACCCAGAGCAGGGGUGCUGGCAGGGCCGCCAGGAUGCCCAAAACUCUUGUGAGGGUGUCUUCAAGGGUCCCACCGUGACCAUGCCGGCUGUGGCCAGAGGCCAUCCCUGGAUGACCCCCCAACUACUGCCUUCUUCUCCUGUGUGGAUAGCCCAGCCCCCCGAGAAGGCCUGCUACAACUGGAUCCAGAGCAACAAGAGGGAGAGCCCCCACCUGCCCCUGCAGGCUUCAAGACACAGCCGAGUCCUGGGAGGGGCCAUCUCGGGGUCCCACCUCCGCGCCCCAGUGAAGAAAAGGCCCAACCUGGCCGACCAGAGCACGUCUUCCCCAGGCGGGCAGAGCCACCUCCGAGCUGAUAUUUUCAACAAGAAGGUCAUAAGUUCCUGCGGGUGCUUCCCACUGGCCAAACCAACUGGAAGCCAGCAACCUAUUGGGGCAGUCCCCAAGGGUCCCCUCCCAGGGGCCCAGAGCAGGCGGGAAGGGUGGUGGAGGGCUCACAGCACAGGGCCCUCGGUGGGAGGACUCUGCAUCCCAGCCACUGCUCUCACCGUCGUCACCCUCAUCUUCAGCCUCCUUCUGGGAGAAGCCCGCUCCAGUCCCAUCAGUGAGCUGGACUAA